GGCCAGUCCAGGGACAACGCCUACAACAGCUUCGGAGGCCGUAAUGACAGAUCAAAAUCGGCCUUCUUUAAUGACCGCGGGGCAGGCUCGAGAGGACGGUACGAACGUAGUGGCUUUUCUAGCGGCGGAAACAGCCGUUGGACAGAAGAGUCUAGAGAUGAGGAUUGGUCCAAGCCUACUGCUCCCAACGAGCGUCUAGAACACGAGCUCUUCUCCGGCAGCAACACGGGUAUUAAUUUUGAGAAGUAUGACGAUAUUCCCGUGGAAGCCACAGGAAGCAACUGCCCACCCCACAUUGAAAGCUUCCAUGACGUGGACAUGGGGGAGAUCAUCAUGGGCAACAUCACCCUGAGUCGCUACACGCGUCCCACUCCAGUCCAGAAGCACGCCAUUCCCAUUAUUAAGUCCAAGAGGGAUCUCAUGGCUUGUGCCCAGACUGGAUCUGGAAAGACUGCUGCUUUCCUGCUGCCCGUGUUGAGUCAGAUCUACACAGAUGGGCCAGGCGAUGCUCUGCAGGCUGCCAAGAAUAGUGGACAGGAAAAUGGAAGAUAUGGGCGUCGUAAGCAGUACCCCAUCUCCCUGGUCCUUGCUCCCACCAGAGAGCUGGCCCUGCAGAUCUACGAUGAGGCCAGAAAAUUUGCCUACCGCUCACGUGUGCGCCCGUGCGUGGUAUACGGUGGCGCGGACAUCGGUCAGCAGAUCAGGGACUUGGAGAGAGGCUGCCACUUGCUGGUUGCCACUCCGGGGCGCCUGGUAGACAUGAUGGAGAGGGGCAAAAUUGGGCUGGACUACUGCAACUACUUGGUGCUAGAUGAAGCUGAUCGCAUGUUGGACAUGGGCUUUGAGCCACAGAUCAGACGCAUUGUGGAGCAAGACACCAUGCCGCCUAAGGGCAUCCGUCAGACAAUGAUGUUUAGCGCCACCUUCCCCAAGGAAAUUCAGAUUCUUGCACGCGAUUUCCUGGAGGAUUACAUUUUCCUGGCCGUCGGCCGCGUCGGGUCCACCUCUGAAAACAUCACCCAGAAGGUGGUCUGGGUGGAGGAGACUGACAAGAGGUCCUUCCUCUUGGACCUGCUGAACGCCACAGGCAAGGACUCGCUGACUCUUGUUUUUGUGGAGACCAAAAAAGGCGCAGACGCUUUGGAAGACUUUCUGUAUCACGAGGGCUACGCUUGCACCAGCAUCCACGGCGAUCGCUCGCAGAGAGAUCGCGAGGAGGCGCUGCACCAGUUCCGCUCAGGACGCUGCCCGAUCCUUGUGGCCACAGCUGUGGCUGCAAGAGGUCUGGACAUCUCCAAUGUCAAGCACGUCAUCAACUUUGACCUGCCCAGCGACAUUGAAGAAUACGUUCACCGUAUUGGCCGUACGGGACGUGUGGGCAACCUCGAUUUACUUGAUAUUUUGGUGGAGGCCAAGCAGGAGGUCCCCUCCUGGCUCGAGAGCCUGGCCUAUGAGCACCAGCAUAAGAGCAGCAGCCGCGGUCGCUCCAAGAGAUUCUCCGGCGGUUUCGGCGCUCGCGACUACCGACAGACACCGGGAGGAUCCGGAGGCUUCGGCAGCAACCGCACAGGCCGGAACACCGGCGGACACGGAGGCAAUCGAGGCUUCGGCGGAGGAGGCUUCGGAGGCAACUUCUACAGCAACGACGGCUACGGAGGAAAUUACAGCCACUCAGGAAGUGUGGACUGGUGGGGCAACUAG